UGCUCUGGAAGGAGUGAGUCCCUAAGCCCUGCUCGAGCCGGUGACAAUUCUGGGAAAAACAAUCCUGGGCCUCUUUCUAGAAAAGCCACCGUGUUCUUUCCUGCCACAGCCGUGCCAGUCUGAUGUGGUGGAGAGGAGCAGCAGGAGGAAGAGCACGAGGAUGAGGCUGGAGCGGUCCCUGCCCCUCCUGGGGCUCCUGCUGUGUGCAGUUGGCACCACAGCUCAGCAGGAUGAAGAACUGGAGGGGGAAUUCCUGGUGGAGAUUUCUGGCACCACGGUGACAAUCACGUGUCCCUUUGAGGAUGAUGGCAUCCAGUGGCGCCUGUCUGGGAAAACAGGGGACGUGGAGGAGAGGAAGUUCAUUAUCAGGGACCACGACAGCACUCCUGCCAACCUGAGCUGCUCCUUGGGUAGUAAGAACCUCCAGCUGUACCUGAACGCCAGAGUGUGUGCCAACUGCGAGGAGCUGGACGCCCUGACCGUGGCAGGGAUCAUCACUGCAGACCUCCUCAUCACGCUGGGCGUGCUGAUCCUGGUCUAUUACUUCAGCAGAGGCAGGAAAGGACGGGCCAGCUCUGCUGGGGACAGUCGGCCACGAGGUCAGAAGAUGCAGCGUCCUCCCCCUGUCCCAAACCCGGACUAUGAGCCCAUCCGCAAAGGCCAGCGGGAGGUGUAUGCGGGCCUGGCACCCAGGGGCAUCUGAAAUUCCCGGGAUCACAGGCUGGAACCAGCAGCACUGGGGCCAAACGCUUCUGCCCAGCUUGUUCCCAGCUCUCUGCAGCUCCGCUGAAGCUCUGGCAUUUUGGGACGAGCCAGGUGGCCACAGGACAAGGAUCUGCCAUCCCACUCCGGGGUGUGCUUGGGUUUGCCGUCAGGGAACAGAAACGAGCACACUGGCGAGAGAUUUCCUUCCCAUUAAAGGAC